AUGAACUCACGUCCUCCUGGUGUCCUGCAUACCCCGGGCUUUGCCCACUACAAUCUCGCUUGGUCUCCGUUCCACACAAAUCGUAUCGCAGUCGCAUCAUCGGCCAACUAUGGUCUUGUCGGGAACGGACGCCUACACCUUGCUUCAGUCAUCCUGGGUCCAGGACCCCUCUCUUCGGUCGUCCUCGAUAAAUUCUACGAGACCCAGGACGGGAUAUAUGACGUCGCCUGGUCCGAAGUGCACGAGAAUCAGCUUGUUACUGGUUCUGGAGACGGGUCGAUCAAGCUAUGGGAUAUCAUGCUAAAUGAUCUCCCGAUACGGGCGUGGCAGGAGCAUACACGCGAGGUCUUCUGCGUCGAUUGGUCCAACAUACAGAAAGACCAAUUCAUCUCGUGUUCUUGGGACGGGACGGUCAAGCUCUGGACACCAGAGCGGCCGCGAUCGCUCACGACCCUCCAAGCGCACCACAGCUGCGUGUACCAAGCGCUCUUCUCCCCGCACAACCCGAACCUCCUCUCAACAUGCUCUACAGACGGAACCGUCAAAGUCUUUGACCUGCGCCAGCCGUCCUUCUCUCCCGCUGCCAACAGUUUCACUGCACCUCUCGCAACAGCGGCGAUCACAGUGCCUGCGUCUGGCACAGAAGUGCUCGCGCUUGAUUGGAAUAAGUACAGGGAAAUGGUGCUCGCGAGCGGCGGGGUCGACAAGACCGUCAGGGUGUGGGACUGUCGGAUGGUUCCCCCAGUCGAAGGCGGAGGCGCUGUAGGAGGGGUAUGUGAGGCCCAAUUGAUGGGACACGAAUAUGCCGUGCGGAAGGUGCAGUGGAGUCCUCACAGACCGGAUAUCAUUGCAAGUGCCGGGUACGAUAUGACGUGCCGAAUAUGGACCACGGCUCCGCCAGCGGGUCGAACGCAUCUGAUGCACAUUCAUGACCCACAUACUGAGUUUGUUGUUGGGUGUGCGUGGUCGUUGUACGACGAGGGCCUCUUGGCGAGUUGUAGUUGGGACUGCAGACUGAAUGUAUUCCGUUUGUAG